UCAAACCCCUGAGCUUAGCAGUCCUCUCACCUCUGCAACGCACAAUUUCUUAUUAAUACAUUCUGGGUUUUCUGGCCCCCUCAUGUAAGUUGAUUUCAUUGGUGUCGCGGAGCUGUUUUCCCUGUAGCUCCAUCAGGUGCGCUGCUGCCCCGUCAUGGCUGCCGUGGCUUGACGGGUGGGAGCCCCGUCAGCUCCUCCAAGCUGUCAGGAGGGCGAAACAAGUCGAGUCGAAGGGGGCCGACUCUCCCGCGGGGGACACCCCUCAGCCACAUCCGCUCCCACGCCAGACUCCUCUUGCCGCUCACACAGAGCUUAACUGACGACGGUUGAGCUGCAUAUUCAGACCCCUGCUGGACCGUCAGGGAUGUCACGGCUUCCCCUUUCCCUCCAAACUGCACAGGUUGAUGCCUUUACACACCUCUACACUCUGAUUCUAAGACCAGAUCUUACUUAUGAAGUGAAAAUUGACGGCCAGACGAUUGAAUCGGGCAGCAUCGAGUACGACUGGCAGUUGACGUCACUGAAGAAGGAACAGUCCUCAGCAGAGCCUAAGGACUGGGAGCAGGCUGAGGAAGACAAAGCUCAGGACUGGGAGAAGCGUUUCCUGGACACCAGCGCCAGCAAGCCGAGCGACUGGAACCACGAGCUGGACGGGGACUGGCAGGCGCCCCUGCUGCAGAAGCCCCCGUACCAGGGUGGCCUGAAGCCAGAGGGCAUCCCCAGGGACGUCUGGCUGCACGAGAGGCUGGGGCGCGCCCACUCCCUGCUGCACUAUGACCUCGCGGAGUUCGAGGACAUCGGCGCCAUCGGGCUGGAGCUCUGGCAGGUGAGAUCCGGAACCAUCUUCGACAACUUCCUCAUUACGGACGACGAAGAGUAUGCCGAGAACUUUGGCAAGGCCACCUGGGGUCAAACCAAGGGUCCAGAAAGGGAGAUGGACGCCGUCCAGACCAGGGAGGAGGUGAAGAAGGCCCGCGAGGAGGAUGAGGAGGAACUGCUGGCGAGGAGGGCCAAGGGGCAGGGGAGCCACUUUAGCUGGUUCCCCGGGCGGAACGAGCUGUAGCCAUUCCCACCAGAGAUAAAGGCGAUCGGUAAAGGCCACACUCACGUUUGUCUGUGUUUAACCUGCACGUGUCUUUGGGGUCAUGUGUCUCCUUUCCUCUGAACAGCGUUGUCGUGCUUCUGGGUGGUUGGUCCAUGUCCCUGAUGACCCUGGGCACGGAGACGUUUCCCCCUGACGAUGCUGACCCUGGAAGCCAGAGGCCAGCAAGUCUGGCCAGAAACAUGACACUCUUUUCCCAACCCCCAACAUGUUUUUCUAUUUUUAUAAGAGAGAAGUUGGUAAAACUUACUUUGAAAAAGAA